AUGUAAACCUUUUUAUUCACAUUUUAUUAAAGAAGUGAUUAAACUUAAUAAAUAGAGUUUGAAAUCAAAGAACUAUUUGUAUAUUUUGUUUUCUUAAAAAUAGAUUCACAGAAGCAGCUUUUAAGCAGAAUUAAUUAAUGACAUAUUGAAUAUGAUUUUCAAUUUUAUUGAUCUGACAAUUUGCAAUUAAAAAUAAAUUUCUAAUCUUAAUCUUGUUAUUCUUCACAUAAAAUUUCUGUAAUAAUAUAGAAACAGUAAUAUUUCUAAAUAAAACAUAUACAAAAUUCAAAAUAAAGUAUAUGAUUCACAUAUGACUGUAGUUAGUCUUGAAAAUCUAUUGGAUCUACUCUGAUUGGAACUAAGCUUGA